ACCGGGUGGGGGGGUUGUUCUGUCCCCCCAGGAUGAAGCGCCCCAUCCCUGGGGAGGAAGAAGAGGAAGAGGAGAGAGUGUUGGUGUCGGAGCAGAGCUGGAGACCCUGUCCCACAGCCCGGAGGAGGCUCCGAGGGUGCCUGGAGUGGGUGAAGAGGCAGCUGUUCCGUGUCGGGGAGGAUUGGUAUUUCCUCUUCAUCCUGGGGGUCCUCAUGGCCCUCAUCAGCUUCAUGAUGGACCUGCUCGUCUUCAGGCUCUAUGAGGCCCACCGGUGGCUUUACCAAGAGGUUGGUGAUGUUCUGGUGCUCAAGUACCUCUCAUGGACCAUGUACCCCAUAGUGAUGACCACCUUCUCCACUGGCUUCUCCCAGAGCAUCACCCCUCACUCUGCAGGCUCUGGCAUCCCGGAGCUGAAGACCAUCCUGACGGGGGUGGUGCUGGAGGACUACUUGGCCAUCAAGAACUUCGGAGCCAAGGUGGUGGGGCUGACCUGCACCCUGGCUGCUGGCAGCACCGUUUUCCUUGGCAAAGUGGGGCCCUUUGUCCACCUCUCUACCAUGGUUGCAGUGUACCUGGGGAAGAUGAGGACCUCGGUCAUGAAGGAGUAUGAGAACAAGUUCAAGCAGCACGAGAUGCUGGUGGCAGCACAAGCCGUGGGGGUGGCCACAGUCUUCGGAGCACCCAUUAGCGGGGUGCUUUUCAGCAUCGAGGUGAUGUCCUCCCACUUCGCCGUGCGGGAUUACUGGAGAGGCUUCUUUGCUGCAACGUGUGGUGCCUUCAUGUUCCGGCUCCUGGCUGUCUUCAACAGCGAGCAAGAAACCAUUGCUGCUAUAUUUAAGAGUGAUCUCAAGAUUGAUUUCCCCUUCGACCUCCUGGAGACCUUCUUCUUUGUAAUAGUGGGGGCUGUCUGUGGGCUCCUGGCCUGUGCCUACCUCUUCUGUCAGCGCUGGCUCCUGGCUGCCGUCAGAGAGAUCCCGCUCACGGCCAAGCUGCUGGCAACAGACAAGCCCAUCUACACUGCACUGGUGGUGCUGCUCCUUGCCUCCAUCACCUUCCCCCCCGGCCUGGGGCAGCUGAUGGCUUCCAGGCUCACCAUGAAGGAGCAUCUCAUCUCCCUCUUUGACAACCGCACCUGGGGCUCACUGGUCCCCAACGCCUCCUCUCUGGCUGAGCCCCCCAGCAAGGAGCCCUGGAUGCUGUGGCAGGAGUGGUACCACCCCUCGGCCACCAUCUUCGGCACCUUGGCCUUCUUCCUGAUGAUGAAGUUCUGGAUGCUCAUCCUGGCCACCACCCUGCCCUUGCCCGCUGGCUACUUCAUGCCCAUCUUUGUCUAUGGAGCCGCCAUCGGGCGCCUGCUGGGGGAGACCGUGGCUCUGCUCUUCCCUCAGGGCAUCCGUUCGGAGGGUGCCCUGCACCCCAUCAUUCCCGGCGGAUACGCCUUGGCCGGCGCAGCCGCCUUCUCGGGCUCAGUGACCCACUCCAUCUCCACGGCGCUGCUGGUGUGCGAGGCCACCGGGCAGCUGAGCCAUGUCCUGCCGGUGAUCCUGGCCGUGCUGGUGGCCAACGCCAUCAGCCAGAAGCAUCAACCCUCCUUCUACGAUGGCACCAUCAUCGUCAAGAAGCUGCCCUACCUGCCCCGCAUCCGCAGCCGGCACAUGGCCUCCUACCGGGUGGUGGUGGAGGAGUUCAUGGAGCGCCGGGUGCUGGCCUUGGCCAAGGGCAGCGGCUUUGAGGAGGUGCUGGCAGCCUUGGACACCUCUGCUGAUGCUGAGUACCCCGUGCUGGAGAGUGCAGGGUCACCCACACUGGUGGGCACUGUCAGCAGGGCCCAGCUCAUCACCUUCCUGCAGGGCCACAAGCACCCGCAGGCACCCCAAGGGGAGAAGCUGCCACCAGCAGGGACACUCGGGGAGAGCUGCACCAUCGAGCCCAUCAUGUUCCAGCUCUUGCCAUGGACCUCCCUGCACCAGGCCCAUCACCUCUUUGAGCUGCUGAAGCUGCAGCGCAUCUUUGUCACCCGCUUCGGGGAGCUGGUGGGAGCCGUCAGCAGGGCCGAGCUGCGGAGAGCGAUCGAGGAGCUCGCCAACGCCAAGGGAUGA